GGAACCGGGAGCUGGUCCUAGGGAGCAUGGGGCACAAGGCGAGGCUCUCUGCCAUGUCUCUAAGCUGUGCCGUGGUGUGUGUUUUGUUGUGUUUUUCUCACUCGAGUCACGCGCCUGCUGUGAAUCUCCAGCGUUUUAUCGGCUGUGCUGUCAGAGAGUUCACCUUCCUGGCCCAGAAACCAGGAUGUGGGAGACUGCAGAUCAUCACCGACGCCUGCUGGGGGCGCUGUGAGACCUGGGAGAAACCGAUCCUGGACCCGCCCUUCAUCGAGUCCCGUCAGCGAGUGUGCACUUACAACCAGACCCGACUCAUCACCGUGCAGCUGCCCAACUGCUCGGCCGGCGUGGAUCCGUACUACACCUACCCCGUGGCCCUGAGGUGUGAGUGUGGCGUGUGUGUGACCAGCACCACCGAGUGUAUCACCUCCGUCUGAGAGAGCCAGCCAGGAGACUCGCUUUCCGUCUCUCUUUUCCAUCUUUCCAU